GCAACCUAAGUCAAUCAACGUACCAAACAAUUAAUUAAACUCCAAUCUUUUCUAGUCAAUUCAACCAACAAAACAUGAAGAGAAGUUGGCAAGACGAUCGAGAGAUCGAAAACUUAGCUAUGGCAAACUGCUUAAUGCUCCUCAACCGUGUCAACCCGUCCGGAUCUCAGAGAUCCGGACGGGUUUUCCAUUGCAAGACUUGCAACAAGCAGUUUUCGUCGUUUCAAGCAUUGGGCGGGCACCGUACGAGCCACAAGAAGAUUAAAACGAUGGAAGAGUCGCCUGCGAGGGCGAAGACACAUGAAUGCUCCAUCUGUGGAUUGGAGUUUGAGCUUGGGCAGGCUUUGGGAGGUCACAUGAGGCGGCACCGUGGUGAUACUCAGCUGGAAAAGAAUAUUCCGGCGAAAGCGGAGGUGAAGGAGGUUGAUGGUGGCAGGAGAGGGUUGUGUUUGGAUUUGAAUUUGACACCGUUUCAGAAUGAACUCAGGAUUUGGAGUCGGACUACGGGAACGGCGGGAAUUGCUAUAUGAAGUUGUGUAAAUUCAUUUGUUUAUGUAUUUUUUUUAUUGUUAUUAUUUCUGUUAUAACAGGUUAGGUUUAGAAUUUCAGUUUUGAAGUUUUAGGUCGUGAGGAUGUGUAGAUAUAUACGUAGUAAAUAUUAAAGUAUAUAUGAUUACUUAGAUUUGCCUGGGCAA